AUGGCGUUACUCCUGGUUUUUUACUGGGUACUCCUUGUCUGUUGCUCUAUUUCCGGGGUCUUCGUGUCUGCAGCAGGGAGCGAUGCGAUGAAGACAUCUGGCGCAGACAUUGAAGUGGGGAGCCCAGAAUGGGCUACUAGCAAGGAAUUCAAUCCAGAUAGGCUUCAGGACCUUUAUAUACUAUCGGAUGAUAAAGGGCAAAAACAGAUCUCUAGAAAAUGGGCAAACCAGCUAGAGAAGAACAGAAGCAGCCGAGAAGCACAGUGGAGUGCUGCCCAGAAUGAGUUCGAAACUCUACAGUUCGGCACUAGCAAACGAAGCAAAUCUCGAUUUAUGCAACUCCUGGAUAGAUACAGAGCAAAAGUCAUGAAUUCUCGAGAAGAGACUGCUCACAAUUAUCGAAUCGUGGAUGACCUCGAAGAAGGAGGAAUCAUCACCGGAUCAGGAGGUCGGUAUAUAAAGGCAACAUCGAUACAGUUUCAACUUAACGGAGGAAAACUAACAACUGUGAAUGCCGUCCUCAGCUGCAACCCAUUCAAUACUAUCUGCAAGGAUAUGCUUUUAAAACUUCAUCCUUCUGUUAGAUCCAUGCUUGAAAAUAUCCUGCGAUACCUAGUCGCACCCAUGGCAGCUCAAUAUCGCGAUGUGACGGUUUACCCUUUGUCACUCAACAUAGAUAUUCGACUAGAAAGUAUUUAUGAUCGUCAGCACAAUCAUUUAAACACUGGACUUUCUUCCGUAUCUUCUGCCAAUAGCGAUACUAGGGUGAUAACCAUCCAACUCCCAUAUCUGAACACAUUGGCGCGAUCCUAUUCGAAGGAUACCGUCUGGAGGGAGAUUAUGGGAACUGUGACACACGAGGUUACACAUUUGUUCCAAUGGUAUAACCACCGACUUCAACCUACAAAACAGCUAGGCUUGAUCCACUUUAAUUCCCCACUGGGCGUUUGGCCAUUUUCUAGGUCAAGCAGUCUUAGCGAUAACAACUUUCAGGCACCAGCCUCAGCGCCAACAGAACUUCUAGAAGGAAUUGCAGAUUAUGUUGUAGUGAGAUCCGGACUGGAAAAGCUUCAUUGGAGACGACCAGCUUCGUCAGAAGAGCUAGCUAACAGGUGGCAAGCGGGCACUUACCACCGAGCCUUCUUUUUUGAAUGGUUGGAGUUGCGGAUCGGAGAGGGUACCGUUGGCAGAUUGAUGGGAUCUGUUUUGGAUUCCGGAUACGUGGGAAGUUAUCCAGAUGCAGGUGCCCCCUGUGGACUUGAAUACGGAACUUGGGAGACUGUGACUGGUAUGAGUGCUGAGGAUCUUUGGAAGGAAUAUGGUCGGUUUGUUGAUUUCACUAUCGGACAACGAGUGGAUCCUCGCUGGACGUGGGCACAUGUCUACUUCAUUCUUUUCGUUAUUACUAUAAGCUAUCUGGUUUUAUGCGACUUGAAGUGGGAUAACAGCUGGAACUUGAAUCAGUGGACCCAAUAUUGCAAUAAAUUAACUCCUAGCUGGGAUACCCUAUUCCCUCUCAACCGGAACUUGAAAGAUCGGGCUUCCAAUAUCAGAACUAGGAUAAGUGAACAUCGACCUGCUUGA